UUACUUCGUCAUUUAAUUGAAGGAAGUAUAAGACAUCGGUCUGGUUCUCUCCCGAGUUUCUUUGUUCAUCAUGGGUCUCAGUACUUCUGAGAGAAUGGGUUGCCGGAGGAUACUGCAGCAGCUGGAUACGUCUGAUUUAGAUUCUCUGUACAAGACUGUCAGCAAAACCAAAACAGCAUACUAUCUAAAAGCAGACCUUAUUGAGAAAAUCAUAGAAGCGAGUAAAACGGCCACAGAGCUCUUGAACCGGAAAAAGGUUUACAAAGAUCAAAUAGUGCAGUAUCUGAACAGUGAGUGUAUUUCUAUACCAACUAAAAUCACAAAAGAAGAGGCCAUACAAAAAUCGAUAGAACACUGGAGGAAAUCAGAAAUUUCAAUAACUGUGAAACCGAAAGCUGCAGAAAAGCGCCCAACUAAUUCCAGACAACUACAAAACGUAACCUCUGAUAUUGAUCUUGGCCAGCUGUCCUUCCAAAUCCACAGUUUAUCCAUACACAACAACCAGGAAGAUAGCAACAAAGUAGAGAAAGCAAAAUUGCUUACAAUGUUGGAUGCUCAGUCUGCAGCUGCCUUGAAGACAAGACUUGAAGGUGACAAGAUGAGUGGUGCUUUGGGAAGUAGUUCCAAAAUAAACUUACUGAAAAUGGACAAUGUAGCCAGGCAAAUCGAGGAAGUUAUCAAAGGGACGAAUCCUCUUCUUCUUGCAGCUGGGUCUGGACUAGGGAUGAGCCCAGGGUUUGGAAAGAACCCAGAUUCAGACCAAACUUUUCGGGUUGGUAUGGUUAAGACUGAAUACAAACUUUCAGGACAUUCACCGGUCAAGCAGGAGCAGGAAGAUAUUGGAGAGGAGUUCUGUCGCUGGUUUUAUAUUGAUAUGCUUCCUCAACUUAAACAUAUGACAAUUAUAACCGAUUGGGCAGCUACGGUUUUCUAUGAGAAUGUAACUAUCCACUGUAUCUGUACUAUAGGUGAACGUAAAAACAUACAAGGUGAAGGAGCUGAUAUGGCUAGCUGGAUCUUUUCAGAUUUCAUAAGACAUGCAAGACUAACAUUUAACUAUAAUGAUCAUGGGGGAAUAAGGAGCUAUCUUAACGACCAUGGCAUACUAACUGUGGAAGUAUCUGGAACCGUUCACAAGGAGAAAUCAUUUCUAGGGCUGUUUAAACACAAAUAUAAAUUAACUAAACGCCCAGACAAUGGCGAAUUCAAAAUUACCAAUGCUGAUCUCAGAAUCGGGAAAUAACAUUGUGCUGCAAUAUAAACAAGUUUGCUAACCCUGAGGAAUAUUCUGGAUUUCUGCAGUAAUGGCUCAUAAAAUGUCAACUGUUAUUCAUCUAUGGCAGCCUUUUUCAACCAGGGUGCCUUGAGGUUUCUUCAGAGGUGCCUUGGCAGAAUGCCUACAUAUUGCCCUAAAAUUGUAUACAAGCCAGUGGGUGGAUGAAACUUGUCUUCUGGUUACACAAAGCCACAGGUUUUCAUUGUACACCAUGCCAACCUCCUAACGACCAAUGACAUCAUCAGUUGAUAAGGAGGAUGUCAGUUGCUUGCAUAGCAUUGUUUGACCCUCCCUUGCCUCUCUCCAUCUACUUUGGGGUAUCAUUAGCUAAGUGAUGGAGAAAAACUGAGGGAGAAGAGAAACACUGGAAUACUAGUCAGUACCAGUUUGCAAAAGUGUAUUUGC